ACGACUCUCAUUAUGGCUGCACUUCCACAGGAUGAGCUCGACGAGAUUUAUGCCUUCGCGAUAGACUUGGGUCGCCAGGCCGGCAAGAUGCUCAUGGAUCGAGUCGACCAGCGCGUCGCAGGUGGAGGCGCUAAUGCCUUCGAGGAGAAGGAGAACUCAGUAGAUAUCGUGACGCAGACUGAUGAGGAUGUCGAAGUAUUUAUCCGAAAGAAUCUCGAAGCCAGAUACCCAUCUCACAAAUUCCUCGGCGAAGAAACAUAUGCCAAAGGCCAAUCGCGCGACUAUCUCAUCGAUGAGCAACCAACAUGGUGCAUCGACCCAUUAGACGGAACUGUAAACUACACCCACAUCUUCCCCAUGUUCUGCGUCUCAAUUGGUUUCAUUGUCAACCACAAGCCCGUCAUCGGUGUAAUCUACGCUCCCUUCACAGACCAGCUGUGGUCCUCCUGCACCGGGCGCGGUGCUUGGCUCAACGAGACCCGUCGCCUUCCUCUCCUCCACAACCCGAUCCCACCUAUGCCUCCCAACGCGCCAGCACAAUGUGUUUUCUCAUGUGAGUGGGGCAAGGACCGCCGCGAUAUUCCCGACGGGAAUAUGCACCGCAAGAUUGAAAGCUUCGUGAAUAUGGCUUCUGAGCUGGGGAGCCGAUCUGGGAGGGGUGGAAUGGUACACGGGAUGCGUAGUUUAGGCAGUGCGACGCUGGAUCUGGCAUAUGUCGCUAUGGGUUCAUUUGAUAUCUGGUGGGAAGGAGGUUGUUGGGAGUGGGAUAUUGCUGCCGGAGCUGCGAUCCUGCUCGAGGCGGGCGGACUGAUGACCACGGCUAAUCCCCCAGAGAACGAAGCAACGGCGCCGAUCGAGGACGUCCGACUCGGCAGUCGGUUGUAUUUAGCUAUCAGACCGGCUGGCCCGUCCGCUACGGAGACAGGUCGCGAAACACAGGAGCGCACGGUACGUGAAGUCUGGCGCCGUGUUCGUAACUUGGACUAUUCGCGACCAGGUGCCUGA